AUGGCACAACCCGCGUCAGAACCAGUCACAACCGAACCCGAGGUCGAACCCAAGAGAGAUGUUGAAAUCGGCCAAAAUGUUGCUCAGAUGCCGGCGGAAGAGUCGAAGGAGCCCUCGCUUGAUGAUCAGAAGCCCGAGGGUGUUGAACAAGUGGAAGCAAUUACUAAACUCUGGACAAAGAAGUGGCUUUGGAUUACGUUUGUUUUAAUCUGGUUCCUAAACUUUGUAGUGGAUAUGCUCUCUUCGGUCCAAGACUCGCUUUCGCCUUACAUCACAUCCUAUUUCUCAAAACACGGAUUACUCGCAAACAUCAACAUCCCCUCUCGAAUCAUUGGUGGUGUGGUUUUGCUGCCUGUGAGCAAAAUUAUUGAUCUCCGAGGUCGCACAGAAGGCUUCAUUGGUUCAGUAGUCCUCAUUGUCGUGGGAAUGAUAAUGAAGGCGGCUUGCACCAAUGUCGAGACAUAUGUUGCGGCCCAGGUCUUUUACUGGGUUGGCAAAGCGGCUCUUGGCUUUGUCUUGACCGUCUUUGUCGCCGACAUCACAACACUCAGAAACAGGAUGAUCAUGUUGACCCUGAAUGCUACUCCCACCCUGGCGACUACCUUUGCCGGCCCCGAGAUUGCUCAGCUUUUCUAUACCUAUUCGAACUUUAGAUGGGCAUUUGGAGCAUGGGCCAUCAUCUUGGUGGGCUUCUCUGGGCCCGUGAUUGGCAUUCUCUUCUUCCAAGAACGCAAGGUAAAGAAGGCUGGAAUCGUGCGUAAACGAUCUGGACGUACCUUUAUCCAAUCUGUCAAGUACUAUUUUAUCCAUUUCGAUGUUAUUGGCAUGGUUCUUAUCGCAGCCGGCUUCAUCUUGUUCCUUCUGCCUUUUUCCUUGGUCUCCUACUCCAAGGCAGGGUGGGAAAGCGCACACAUCAUCGUCAUGAUUAUCCUGGGCAUCAUCUGCCUGGGAGUUUUCCUUGCAUGGGAAAAGUAUCUCACACCUGUCAACUUCUUUCCAUUUGAGCUCCUCAACGACAGGACUGUCAUCAAUGCGGCACUUACCCACGCCCUCAUGUUCAUGACAAUCUUUAUCUGGAACGCAUACUACAGCUCAUAUCUCCAAGUUGUACAUGGCCUGAAUAUUCGCGACUCAAACUACGUACUUAAUGGUUUGGCCCUCACAUCAUACUUUAUUGGGCCAUUUGUACAUCCGCCAAACCGGUCACGUCAAAUAUCCAGCCUUGCAUCAAUUCCCGUGUAUCUACUAGGAACAGCUCUCAUUGCCUACUUUAGAACACCUUCAGCCUACGUCGGCUACGUCACCAUGUGCCAGAUCUUGAUCGGAUUCGGCUCUGCGUUGUUGACGGACACUUCAAGACUUGCAGUCAUGGCCGCCGUGCCGCACAAGGAUGUCGCGCUGUCGCUGGUGAUCCACAGCCUGUUUACAUCCAUCGGAUCGGCGAUUGGCUAUGCCAUUGCUGGUGGCAUGUGGACCAAUAUGCUACCGUACAAGCUUGCCGAGUACCUGCCCGAGGACGCCAAGGACCAAGCAUGGACAAUCUUUGGUGAUAUUACAUUGCAGAUGCAAGACCCAAUUGGUACCCCCAUUCGCGAUGCCGUUAUUGCGGCCUAUGGUGAUGUGGGUCGGAAAAUGGUCAUUGUGGGAUCCGCUCUCACCCCUUUGAUGAUCAUCACCGUCUUGCUGUGGAGGAACAUCAACGUCAAGGAUAUGCAAAAAGAGGAGAAGGAGGAUCGUGGCAACGUUUUCUAG